AUGGCGCUCGACACUUUCUUCCACAACAAGAUCGAGAGUAUGAAGCUCGAGAUCAUCCAGCGUCAAGCCGUCCUCCGCAGACUGGAAGCGCAAAGGAACGACUACAACUCAAGAGUGCGCCUGCUGCGCGAGGAGUUGGGCUUGCUUCAGCAACCUGGCUCCUACGUGGGUGAGGUUGUCAAGGUCAUGAGCACAAAGAAGGUCCUGGUCAAGNUCGUUGAUGUCGCCGACGAUAUCGACAUGUCCAAACUGACCGCCGGCAAGCGUGUCACUCUCCUCUCCGACUCAUACAAGCUCUCAUCCAUGCUUCCCUCAUCCGUCGACCCUCUCGUCUCGCUCAUGAUGGUUGAGAAGGUGCCUGACAGUACCUACGACAUGAUUGGUGGUCUCGACGAACAGAUCAAGCAAAUCAAGGAGGUCAUCGAGCUUGGUCUCAAGCACCCCGAACUCUUCGAAUCGCUCGGUAUCGCACAACCCAAGGGUGUCCUUCUGUAUGGCCCUCCUGGAACAGGAAAGACGCUGUUGGCAAGAGCUGUGGCCCAUCACACCGACUGCAAGUUUAUCAGAGUUUCUGGUUCCGAGUUGGUGCAAAAGUACAUUGGAGAGGGUUCACGAAUGGUGCGCGAGCUGUUCGUCAUGGCACGAGAGCACGCUCCCAGUAUCAUCUUCAUGGACGAGAUUGACAGUAUUGGUUCCUCGCGUGUCGAGGGUUCCAGUGGUGGUGACAGUGAAGUCCAGCGCACUAUGUUGGAACUCCUCAACCAGCUCGAUGGUUUCGAGCCCACCAAGAACAUCAAGAUCAUCAUGGCCACCAACCGUCUCGACAUUCUGGAUCCCGCUCUUCUCAGACCUGGACGUAUCGACAGAAAGAUCGAGUUCNCCCCACCAACCGUCGAGGCUCGUGCCGACAUUCUCCGUAUUCACAGUCGCUCCAUGAACCUGACCAGAGGCAUCAACCUCACCAAGGUCGCCGAGAAGAUGAAUGGAUGUUCGGGUGCCGAGCUCAAGGGUGUUUGCACAGAAGCCGGCAUGUUUGCGCUCAGAGAAAGAAGAGUCCAUGUUACCCAGGAGGACUUUGACCUUGCAACCGCAAAGGUGCUCAACAGACACAACGAUCAACAGGUCUCACUCACCAAGCUAUGGAAGUAG